AUGGCUGGUGGAAAAAUAUCAAAAUUGUUCGGAUUUUAACUUGAAAAUUCUUAUAUUUUACUAUGAAUCCCACCACAGGAAGCUGACGGAAGCUUUCUAAUACCUUAAUGACUGUCUGGACACGUUGGUUAUGUUGAUCAAGCUGCAAAUAUGGCGGAUUUUCACGCAUUUUGUAGCCGUGGUUUUGAUUUCUUGUUUCGUUGAGUCACAAUUUGAAGAGAAUUUCAUAGCGUCUUCUUCUUUUUUACCGAUUUAUAAUGAUUCAGCUGCAAUGGCUUCGUCUUCGUGGGCCGUUAGGAUACCAUUUUAUUCACAUAUGGAUGAGAAAGACUUGCAUUUUUUAGCAGAUAAGAUCGCACACGAAGCCGGUCUUUACAACAUGGGUCAGAUUGGUGGCCUUAAAAGACACUAUUUAUUUUACCACAAAUCGUUCAAAAAUGACAGCAAACAACACAGCACAGAGACGGCUAGAAUACGACACAGUGUUACAGAAUUACUUGGUAAUCAUCCUCACGUAGAAUGGUUUAAACAAGAAGUGGUUAGGAAGCGUUAUAAACGUGGAUUGCAGUUUCAAGAUCAGUACUUCCCAAACCAGUGGCAUUUGGACAAUCUGCGAUAUGUUGGCAAUGAUAUCAAUGUUACGGGAGUAUGGGAAAAUAACAUUACUGGACAAGGGGUAGUUGUAUCUGUUAUUGAUGAUGGUGUUGAAUGGACAAAUCCUGAUAUUCUGGAUAACUAUUCAUCUGAGGGUAGCUGGGAUAUUAAUUCAAAUGAUCCUGAUCCGAUGCCCAGAGCUGACGAUGCAGGUCUCAAUCACCAUGGUACAAGAUGUGCGGGAGAGAUCGCAGCAGUUCCUAAUACAUACUGUGCAGUGGGAGUGGCCUAUGGCGCUAAAGUCUCAGGUGUGCGUAUUCUUGAUGGACCAAUGACAGAUAGCCUGGAAGCCAUGGCAUUCAAUACUAAACUACACAUCAAUGAUAUCUACAGCUGCAGUUGGGGUCCUGAUGACAAUGGUAAAACAGUAGAUGGACCACAUCAACUAGCCCAGGCUGCUCUUGCGCAUGGUGUAUUAGCUGGUCGUCAUGGUUACGGCAGUAUAUUUGUCGUUGCAUCUGGUAAUGGAGGUCACUUUAAAGAUAACUGUAACUUUGAUGGAUAUGCUAACUCCAUCUACACAGUAACGAUAGGUGCUGUUGAUGAAGUGGGUGACAUGCCAUACUAUGCUGAACACUGUGCUGCUAUGCUUGCUGUUACCUACAGUAGUGGACAAGGAAUGCAAAGAAACAUYGUCACUACUGACUGGAGGUUAGGAACUGGUACAGGAUGUACAGACAAGCACACGGGGACAUCAGCUGCUGCUCCUCUUGCUGCUGGAAUGAUAGCACUGAUGAUGCAAGCCAGGCCGUGUUUAACAUGGAGAGACGUACAACAUGUCAUUGCCAUGUCAGCUUUCAAGCAUUCAGUAGAUGAUGAUGAUUACCAUACGAACAACGCCGGCUAUCAUCACAGUCAUAAGUAUGGAUUUGGCGUCUUGGAUUCCUGGAGACUGGUAACCACUGCACAGAUGUGGAAGAGCGUUCCUUGGAUGACGUCAUGGUCAUCGCCCGUCAUUCAUGUUAACAGAGCCAUCCCAUCAACCAAUAAGAUGACAGAGAGUUAUCGAGGUCUCCCGAAGGGUUCGUGGAUUGGACCUUUUCAACCGUUAGGUGCUGGGGCGAGACCCCCGAAGGCGUCUGGACACUAAUCGUCAUUGAUAAUGGUAAUGAUCAUGCUCGGGGUUACUUGAUGGACUGGAAGAUCACUCUAUAUGGAUCAGCACUGUCACCAGCCGACAUCAAGCAAAGACGGAGUAUCAUGGAGGAAGGUAUCAGCGGUAAAUAUCUUCACACCGACAAAGCCCCUCCCUGCCCCCCUCCCCCUUCGUCAGUCAAGAGCCAAGAAAUYAUGUCUGAACGAAUGCUCAAGGUUCUUCUGUUAUUCAGUGGUUUCUGUUUCCUAAUUGCUAUAUACUACGUACUAGAUGUAGUGUUUGAUAAUGAAGGCCUUGGUCCACCACAACCAGUUGAGGAGAAAGUAGAGAAUAAAGAACCUUCUCCAUUGAUUCCUGCCAAACUAGCCGAAGAGGACUGGAAACGACUGAGUAACCUGUUAGAGUCUGGUGAAAAGAAUACACGACCGUCAUCGACCAACCAGACAUCUCAACGAAAAGGAUUUCAAUCUAGUCCAUCGUAUUCCUCAAACAGUAACCAAAAUAACCCUGCUCUGCCUUCUCAGCCAUCAUCUACUGUAAUUCCUACAGACACUGUAGUACCUAUUGAAAGCAAAACAAGCUCGUCUAGAACGUUCUUUGGUAAAAGACGUGUUUUGUCGCCUUCAGAUGAAGUAAGACGAGUGAAAGAUUUUGAGAAGAGAUUACGAUACGCCAUGGAACAGAGCUUGAAGCUGCAAACCAAACAGUUAAAAGACAUCGAUGAACUUGAAAACGAACUACAACAAGCAACAGAAGAGAGCCUUAUUGCACAUGCGCUUGAGCAAAGAUUUUAUAACAGUAUUAGCCAUACCCCUCCCCCGGAGAGUACGAAUAUCAAUAAACCAACUAAGAUUCGACAGUCUAACGCCUCUGCUGGUCGAUCCAUUAGAAAACCCAUUAAAGGAAUAUUGAAAAAGAGCAAGUCUUAUUUGAGCUCUUCCAGAUAGCAUUCAAGUACCAUAACAACGGCUGUGUGACGUCACCAUUCGUAUCAUAAUUUCAAGAUAAAUCCCAUGGACUGCAGUAUCACUGCCGCACAAGGCCUAGCACAAGGCAUACUUUUAAAUCAUACAAGCGUUAAGCGAUAUCACUUCAUGAGAGCUUUUAAGGGUGGCGUUAAUCGUAUGGGAAAACGACUUUCGGGUUCACGGCUAAAAGUUCCUCAUUCAGGAACGGCCCUUUUUGCGAGGAACUAUACCGUAGCCGUAUAGUUCCUCGUGUGAGGAGGAUUUUGACUUAUUUUAUCGACUGCAAUUGUUUGAUUUUCCCUUUGCUAUCCUACUAGCCUUUGCAACGCUCAAAUACUUUUGACUGAUUGAAAAGGGUCAAUGUAUAGGUUUGAUAAAGCAGUUUAGGAUAUUUGCCAUUCAAAGUUUUUGUUAAAAGAAUGUUUUUCAGAACAAAAACUUUUCGAUUCGAUGAGAUCUAUUUUGACAAUUAACGGCCAUAAAUUGGCAUAAAAUAUGAGAAAGUAUUUUUAAGAAAUAUUUUUCACACUUGGGGAAAAAAUGAUAUAUAUUCAAUAUAUUUAUUAUUUCAAAGAAUAGCUGGUUUAAGUCGUUUUAAACUUUGAACAAUUCGUUUUGUUAGAAUCUUACUUAGGUAGUAAUCAGACUUAGUUGCAGUCAGACUUUAAAAUAGAAUAGACUUUCAUUCUUUACAAUAGUUUAAAGUUUAUUAGGCAUUUAAAACUUGAACUAUUUUGUCGCUUUAAACUUUAAACAACUUUGUUUGUUAGCAUCUUGCUUAUACCACAUUCACAACAAGGCUUAAACAUGUUUUAAAGUGGUUUAACUAAACAGGUUUGGAAAACUAUCUACGAACACUGCACUAUAUUUGGUGAAAUGAUGCAUGUAAGCUAUCCUUUGUCUUGCUCUGACAAUAUUCUACAAAGUAUUAUAUUGUAGGUUUCUAGUUUCUCAAUUUUUUUCCUAAUGAAAGCAUAGUUUAACUAAACACUUUUAGGUGUGAAUAGGGUAUUAGAAUGAAGGCAUUUAACCCGUGAAAUAAAACUAAAUACUACUCAACGUUAAUAGUUAAAUAGACAAAAAAGAAAACUAUAAAGUGUGUCAGUCUAAUAUCUUUUUUCUAAUAUCUAAAUGCCUUCACUCUAAUGCACGUAGUUGUAAUCAGACUUUUAAUAGAAUAAACUUUCAUUCUUUAAUA